GUUUGGUUCAAGCGUCGGGAUGGAUGGAUAGACAGACAGACAGAUAUAUAUAUAUAUAUACAUUUCAUAUAUAAGUUUGCUGACAUUUUAACAAUGUGAUAACACAAAUACGAUUUACUACCUCCUCUCUUAUACCUCACACUGUUCAAAAUCAGGGGAGGGAGUGUAGCACGCAAAUUUGUCUUUGGAUUGUGAGAAAUCCGUGAGAUUGUUUUGUAUUUUUAAAAUGUCAGGCUAAUAAGGCUAGCACAAGGAGCAUAAAGAAGAACAUGAUCUUUAACUUUGGUGAUGAAACAGUAAGUUAUCUAAUUUAAUUAUUUACGCGUUUUGUUUAGUUUUCACGGUUAAUAUCGGUUAUCAUCCGAGUGAUGCUCUCUAUUGAAUUUCACUGGAGCGCAUUUCAAGCGAAGUGUUUGCUGCGGAUGUUUUGGACUGUUGCUCACUCAAACUAAAUACCUGGACUGCAGUUUUCUCAAAGUGUACCUGAAAUCAGACGGAAUGCAGAUAAUACUGUUUACAGCAUCAGUGCUGUUUGCGCACGACUUCGUCGUGGCCGAGCCGAAGGUGAAAUGUCCAACCAAGUGUGAAGUGAGUAAAUGUACGAGCCCGAGCUGUCCGAGCGGGUAUGUGCCCGACCACUGCAACUGCUGUCUUGUGUGCAGCCUGAGCGAGGGCACGCCGUGCGGACGGAAGGAUGACACUCCGUGCGGCGACGGGCUUGAAUGUAAAUUUCCAGCCGGCAAGCGAGUUUCCAAGGGUGUUUGCCAAUGCAAGAUGGUGCACAGAGUGUGUGGCAGCGACGGCAAGACCUACGGUAAUGUGUGCAAGAUGAGGACAGCCGCGCGUAAAGCGCAACAACAAGGGCAACCCGUAAUAACCCAAACGCACAAGGGUCCAUGUGCACCAUCAACCUCGGGUCCAGCACAUCUGAACAGCCCAAGAUACAAGUUUAACUUCAUUGCAGAUGUGGUAGAAAAGAUUGCCCCUGCUGUGGUCCACAUUGAGCUCUUCUUAAACCAUCCGCUGUUUGGCCACCAUGUACCAUUGUCAAGUGGCUCUGGAUUCAUAAUGACACAGUCCGGUCUGAUUGUGACCAAUGCUCAUGUGGUAACUAGCAGUGCAACAGUAACCGCCCGCCAGCAACUACGAGUGCAGUUGCAUGAUGGCCUGACGUACGAGGCCUCCAUCAGAGACAUUGACAAGAAGUCUGACAUCGCCACUAUCAAAAUUAACCCAAAGAGAAAAUUACCAGUGUUAUCGCUGGGCCACUCUGCUGACCUGAGGCCUGGUGAGUUCGUGGUUGCCAUUGGCAGCCCAUUUGCUCUUCAGAACACAGUCACAACAGGAAUAAUCAGCACAACACAGAGAGAUGGAAAAGAGCUUGGUAUCCUUGACUCUGACAUGGACUACAUCCAGACAGAUGCUAUCAUCAAUUAUGGAAACUCAGGAGGCCCACUUGUCAAUCUAGAUGGUGAGGUGAUUGGGAUAAACACACUAAAAGUGACUGCAGGGAUCUCCUUUGCCAUUCCAUCAGACCGAAUCAAUAAAUUCCUUGAUGAGUCUAAAGAUAAACAGAAGAAAGAUAUAACAGACUCCAUGAAAAGGUUCAUUGGAAUCAAAAUGGUCACUUUAACAGAGAACUUGGUCCAGGGGUUAAAAUGGCAUAAUCCAGACUUUCCAGAUAUUGGCAGUGGAAUUCUUGUCCACGAAGUUGUCCCAGAUUCCCCAGCUCAGAAGGGUGGGAUUGAAACAGGUGAUGUUAUUGUGAAGUUAAACGGCUCUCCAUUGGUCAGCACUGGUGAAUUAAAGGAGGCGAUUCAGGAAGACAUUCCUCUUCUUCUGGAAGUUCGGCGUGGUAACGAUGAUCUACUAUUCAACAUUGAACCUCAAAUCUUUAUGCAGCAACAAUGACAAAAACAAUUCGACAGUCUACAGUGAAACCGCAGCAGAUUGGUUGAGAAUGAUAUGUGUGGAUAAAAGAGUUAACAUAUGCCAUCACUUCUGGCCUUCAUAGGACAUUUAGAGAAGAACAAUUGCCAACUGGACCACCUGACAAUAGAUUUAUAACUUUUAAUUAAUUGUCUGAAUGUUAAUAAUUUGAUGGUAUUCUAUAGUAAUCAGAGGUAAUCACAGUGCCCUUCUUUUGGGCCUGUUUCUCAGUACAGAUCAAUAAUAUUUUAAGAAACAAUAAAGAAUUGAACAAUACACUUUAGAUUUAGGCCACUGAAUAUUUUUGGCUGUACAAUAUCAGGAAAAUAAGACCUUUCCUCUCUGAACAUGCCACACACUGGACUACUGUAACUCUCUCAUUGCAGGCCUUCCUGCACUUGCAAUUAGGCCUCUGCAAAUGAUCCAGAAUGCAGCAGCACAUCUGGUCUUUAAUGGCUCCAAAGAGAGCACAUGUUACACUACUCUUUGUCUCUCUCCACUGGCUGCCGGUUGAUGCACGUAUUAAAUUCAAGAAGCCUGCGGUCGGCUAAGGAACGUCGCCUUGUUGUACCGACACAAGAGGCACUUUUCAUACAAAUGUCUCCUUAAGAUGAUUCGCUUAUGUUUUCCUCUUUUGUAAGUCGCUUUGGAUAAAAGUAUAAAAAAGUAUAUUAACUUAAUUUGAUGAGAUAAUGCUCCAGUCCGAGUGGUCUUUGCACACAGCAUGUGCUGAUCAUUUUUUAAUAGUGUCCAAUACACAAAAUAUUUGCACAUUGACACUGUAUUGUAAUGAAUAACAAAUAAACACUCUGGAAUAAAUAUUAUUUUUUCAAAGGUGAUUUAAAGGGUCUUUAUUGAAUGUAAUUAAUAAAUGCUUAGGAUUAAAUUUGAAUUAUUUCACUCAGAAUUUACAGUGUAUCACAUUCAGUAUCCUGGUCUUGGAACAAGGGAGGCGAGGAUCCUUUCCAUUAUAAUUUUGUAAAAAUGAACCAGGAUGGUAGAGGAGACAUUCAGCUUUUUGAGUUUCCUCAGAACAAAUAUUCUCUGUUGGACUUUUCUGGUUAUUGCAGUAAUAAUAUUCUCCGUCUUCCUCUGUCCUCAACUCCUUACAGUGAAUUGUGGACUUAGCACCAGAUGGUUGGCAGAACACCAUGCUGUCAUCUGGACCAUGUCCUUUAUACAAAUGGACUUGUUGUUGAUGGUGAUGAGACCUAGUCUAGUGCUGUAAUGGUCAAAUAGGAAGAGGUGGCAGUGAGAUGGAUGUUGGGUGGGGCAUAGCAGACCUAGAAGAGCUAUAUGGCCUGAGGAGCAGACAUACAAUAGAUGUUGAUAGGUAUCUCAAAGUGGCAGCAUAGUUUAGUUUGUCAGCUAAAGUUGAAGGCAUUUGAGUUUGUAAGGGGACAGCAGAGCUCAGCUUCCCAGGUUUGUUGGUGUUAAAUAUGUUUUGUUUUGUUUUGUUAAUCAUGUUAGUAUGUUGGCAACUGGCAAAUAGAAUUAAGAAAAUAAAAAAUACUGUACAUACUUUUUAUGUUUUUAACAGUGUUUUCUGAGAUUACAACUAAUAACAGUUAAUUUCAUUGGUAUUUUGGUAUUGUGUUUGUUCUGGGUUCUAGUCAAUUGUACUGGACUUGCACCAGUGAUACUGUGUGCUCAGGGGUUUGAAAAUCCCCAGAAGAAUCUUCAACCUAACGCAAAAAGGUCUGAUUUCAUUCUUAUAAUAAGAAUCAGACUUUCAGCACUCUAAAUCUGAACUGAAGGAAAUGUUGAGCAAUGCUGUCUAAGGGAUAGUUCACCCAAAAAAGAAAAUUAUCUUAUCAUUUACUCACCCUCAUGCCAUCCCAGAUGUGUUUAACUUUCUUUCUUCUACAGGACACAAACAAAGAUUUUUAGAAAUACUGUAUAUCUCAGCUCUGUAGGUCCAUACAAUGCAAGUGAAUGGUGAUCAGACCUUUGUAGCUCAAAAUCACAGAAAGGAAAUAUAAAAGUAAAUCUAAAUCACAUAAAGUGAUUUUAUAGGUGUGGUUGAGAAACAGAACAAUAUUUAAGUCCUUUUUUACUCUAAUAAAAUAAAGUGAUUUUAUAGGUGUGGUUGAGAAACAGAACAAUAUUUAAGUCCUUUUUUACUUUAAAUCUCAACUUUAGUUUUCACUUUCAGAUGUGAAAGUGAAAAAGUGAAACUAAACAGGCACCACAUGUGACUGAUGUAAAAGUGGAGAUUUAGAGUAAAAAAAGGACUUAUGUUUUGAUCUCUUUCUUAGCCACACCUAUUAUAUCCCUUCAGAAGACAUGGAUUUAACCACUGGAGUCUUAUUAAUUACUUUUAUGUUUCCUUUAUGUGAUUUCUGGAGCUACAAAGGUCUGAUCACCAUUAUCUUGCAUCGUAUGGACCUACAGAACUGAGCUAUUGCUCUAAAAACAUGUGUUUGUGUUCUGCUGAAGAGAGAAAGUCAUACACAUCUGUGAUGCCAUGAGUGUAAUGAUAAUGAGUAAAUGAUGAGAGAAUUUUCAUUUUUGGGUGAACUAUCCCUUUAAGCUCUUGACAUUUAAUUAGCUCCCUAAGAAGUUCACAAGCUUGUGAGAGUUUUUGAUGUUUUAAGUUUUCACCAAUUAAGCAUUAAAUGUGCAUUUAGAGUAAAGUACUGAAGUGUUCAAAUUCAUGGUUCAUAAAAAA